AUGGAAGACCCUGAUCAAUGUCACAUUAGAUUCACUGAUGUAGGCCCGCACUCAGUACACUUAGAAUGGGGAGAUCCAGAUGUGGCUGCGAAUGGACGACAAAAAUUCCAAAUCAAAUGGAAACAUGAGGGAAGAACAUUUUCUGAAACAACACAUGAAAAUCAUUUUGAGAUAAAAUCUCUUUUACCGGACACGACUUACAACAUCACAGUAGUGGCAACUGAGGACAACUCCAGGAGUUUCUCUGCAUCUGUGCAUACAGCAAUACCAGCACCUGAGAACUUUGAAUAUGUCUCAGUGGACACAACAACUAUAUUAUUAAGAUGGACAUCACCUCAUAAAUUGGAUCCCAGACUUUACAAAUUCCAAGUGAUACUGUAUAAAAAUGAAGAAGAAACACAAUCAGUUGACGUGAAAUCAAAUUCAAAUGAAACUUUAAUGGUAGGCCUUCUUCCUGCCACUGAAUACAAAGCUACAAUAAACACAAUACUGGAUGAUGACAAACAGAGUGAACCAGCAGUUUUAAUGGUCUAUACAAAGCCACUCCCACCAGAAAAUUUGCAAAUAAAACAUGGUGCUACUUCUGCUUAUCUGAAAUGGACUGAUCCCAUCACUGAUGACAAGAUCAAGCACAGAUUCCGGGUGGUCUGCAGUGACGAAGCCAAUACAAUAGAAUCAUUUACAGAUGUGGAAGAAGAAAAUAUAUUAAGUUUACAAACAGGAACUAAAUAUACCUUCUCAGUCUACACUUUAGUUGAAUCAAAUGAUGAAGUCCAUGAGAGCCUUCCUGUAAAACUCACACGAUGCACAAAUGUAAAUAUGGAAUCUGUAUUAAUGGAAUUGGGACUACAACGCCAUCUGAGGGAUAAACUGACUUUAAAGUCUGUGUUGGAAUUAAGAAAACCAUCAGAUGGGGGCCAAAUUGCACUCGGUUUCAGAUCUUUGCCGUGGCUUUUCCUCAGAAAGCUCAUGAUGGUCAAUUCUUCAGCGAGAAUUAUAAAAUGUGCUUCAAAGAUUAACUCUGAAACGCCUGAACAGAAAAGCAUCAAUAUCAUUAAGUCAUCUACUGAUGUUUUCAGAGAUCAGCAAGGAAUCAAUCCGCUAGAUUUGAUCACAGCUCUGUUCCACUGUGCCGAUCCUUUCCUACAGCAAGAAAUGGCUCUAAAAAUGUCAAUGUGUCAGUUCUCUGUGCCUUUGCUGCUGCCAAACUGUGACACAAAUGAGUGCACUCUGAUGCUUUGGGCUUUGAGGGACAUAACUAAGCAGUUUAGAUCUUAUUCAUCGGAUGAGGACAGUUUGGAGGAAAACAGUAUUGUGUUAACUGAUUUGCCCCUGAUCUCUUUCGUCAGACUAGGAAAAAGUGACUUGUCCAAAUCUGAGUUUCUAAACAAACUUCUCAGCAACAAUCAGCAAAAUCAUGACACUUUUGUUCAUAGGAAACUGGUAAAUGGGAACAUUCCAAGAAAGAUCUCUAAUGGUCUUGUUGAAAUAAGCUGGUAUCUCCCUGCAGGGGCAAAGAGAAACAUUGACAUUUUCAAAGAACCUGUAGCUGUGGCUAAUCUCCGUGGGGAUAUUUCUGAUUUUGAGGUUCAAUUUGCCUUCCUGAGCCAAACAUCCUCUGCAGUUUUUCUGUUCUGUGAUGAUUUGGAUUCAAAUCAGACAUUUCUGAAUUCCCUGCAACUCAAAUCAACAUUGGUUCUGGUUUGCAUCACGAACAGUCCAACUUUAAGAGACAGUUUGUCACAUAUUAAGCUUAAACCACACUCAGUAAUCUUCAAAGAUAAGAACAUGAAUGAUGCAGAAUUUGUUGUUAUACUACAGAAGUCUGUUGCUAAAAUACUUGCAGAUUCCACAAAAGUGAGCAUUAAAAAGAUGUCAAACGUCGCACCAGAUCUGGGGAUUCUUGUAGAUGAAAACAAUCCCAUUUGUCAAGAUACAAAGAAAAUGGCAGACCUGAUCACACAAGAGAUCACAAAUAUACCUGAAUAUAAAGUGAAGGAACUCCCUUUGCAAGGGAAACUGUGGAAAGAGUUGUCCAAACUGGAGAAAGAGAUGUGCCGCCUUAAAAAGGCAAAGAAAGAAAACAUUGAGUACUACAAGAGUGAACUUAAAAGUCAAAUCCAAAUUCUGAAAAAGAAGCAAGGAAGCAACGACAUGAGAGAAGCAAUAUCCCACUUCAUUUCUGGCCUCAGCUGCUCCCAGAAUGAACAGCUAUAUUUUCUCAAAUGGAUGAAGAUCAAUUUGUAUCAACUUACAAGAAAGCACCUGUCACGGCUUGAGAAGCAGUAUAUGGAAGUAUGUAAGGAUCUCACAGAAGACAAAGAAUGUCUCAGGGAUCUGGAAAAUGAGAUUGCCAGCAGCUCUUUAGGAGUUCCACACUUUAUGAGAGAGUUAAGUCAACUUUAUGAGUCAGCACACUUCCAAGGAAAUUGGGAGUACAGUUACCUGAAGAAACUGCCAGAAAUAUGUGCUCAAUUGAUGCUGACUGGGUUUCCUCUAGAACUUAUUGAUGGAGACGCAUCAAACAUUCCAUUGACAUGGAUUAGAGAUGUGCUUACAGCACUUAACAAACUGACAACACCUCACAACAGAAUACGAGUUGUUACGGUUUUAGGAGUUCAAAGCACUGGGAAGUCUACUCUCCUCAACACAAUGUUCGGAAUUCAGUUUGCUGUUAGCAGUGGAAGAUGCACAAGAGGCGCCUUCAUGCUUCUAAUAGGCGUAUCUGAGGAAUUCAGAUCAGAGCUUCAGUGUGACUAUAUCCUUGUGAUUGACACUGAGGGGUUAAAAUCAGACCUAGAAAAGCAAACUGAUAGUUACGAGCAUGAUAACGAACUUGCAACUGUGGUUGUUGGGCUUAGCGAUAUUACUAUUGUCAACAUUGCCAUGGAAAAUGCAACUGAAAUGAAAGACACUUUGCAAAUUGUUGUCCAUGCCUUUCUCCGCAUGAAAGAGGUGGGGAAAAGGCCCUGUUGUCAUUUUGCACACCAAAACACAGCAGAUGUUGGUGUGCAUGAAAAGACUAUGAGAGAGAGAAAGGUUUUCUUGAAACAACUAGAUGAAAUGACACAAGCAGCUGCUAAAAUAGAGAAAAAGGGCAACAACAGGAAGUUUACAGACAUUCUAGAGUAUAACAUUGAUAAAAACAAUUGGUACAUACCAGGAUUGUGGCUUGGAGUUCCCCCAAUGGCACCUGUUAGUACUGGUUACAGUGAGGAGGUGAAUAACUUCAAGAACAGCAUACUUGAUGUUUUCAAGGCAACAAAAGUCCCAGCACAGAAUUUCAUGGAAUUUGGAGAAAUGAUACAAAGUCUCUGGAAGGCUGUCCAGUUUGAAAACUUUAUUUUCAGUUUUCGCAACAGCCUCGUCGCUGAAGCCUACUCCAAACUUUGUGUUGACUUUAACACUUGGGAGUGGGCCUUCAAGAAGCACAUGAUUUCUUGGUACACAAAAUUUGAAACCAAAAUCACUAACAUGAGCGUAAUGUCAGUGCAGUCAACAGAUGCACUUACCAUUGAUGGCAUGUUAGCUGACUUGAAACUUGAAGCUGCUGCUGAGCUUGACAAAGAGGAGAAAAUUCUUUUUGAUAAAAUUCAGCAAUACUUUGAAAACAAGGAGGCAAAUGUGCAUCUUGUUGAAAAUCAGAAGGAGACCUUUUUAAAUAGUGUACGGGGCCUUCGAAGGGAGACUGAAAUGUAUUUAAAGAACAAACUGGAGAAUGCUGUUUUGAUACAGAAGGGAAUUGCAAAGGUGGAAAUUAUUAAGCAAAAGCAUAGGGAUACCAUGCAAGACAAAGUGCUCAAUUUGAUCAGCAUCUUCAGGAAGAGAAGAAACAGUCUCUCUGAAAGUGAACUAGAUGAGGAAUUUGAAAAAAUGUGGUAUGCCAUUGUAAAGAAGUAUUCCUUCACAGCUCUACCAAGGCAAGAUGUGGUAAAGGAAACCUACAGACUUUUACACAAUAACUUGGAAAUGAAAAGUGGAGCAGUACGUGAGAUGCUAUCAAAUAUCAUCAGUCUAGAUCAGUGUGGCACUGGACCCUUUUUUGUAAAGGCUGAAACAGGGAAUAUAUCUCAAACACUCUCACAUUAUCUUCUACCUGAACAAAGGGAUAAAAGAAACUAUUUAACACAAUUGGUAUGUGAAAGAAUAAUCAAUAACAGCAAAGCAUUAAUUAGUUGUAGAACAAGAGCAAAAUCAGACUAUGUUAGCGCUGACAUACAAGGCCUAUUGUGCUUCAUUGACAAAUCUAUGGAAAACUGCAAGGAUCCACAGAUAAGCCCUGAAAUCGAAGCAUCUCUCAAGAUCCACAUUUGCGGGAUUGCAGCAAGAGCUUUCCAGAAAAUGCAUGAUGACUACAUACAGAGAAGUGACACUUUAAAAUCUCUGGAAAGGUUCAAGGAGCAAUGGUUAGCUGACUUUAAAGACCUCUACUACCAACGAGACCAGUGUCUGAACAAGGCAGAGAUGUGUGCCCGGCAAUGCUUCGCCCCUGCUGUGAUGGAAUACAUCCAGAAACGUCUUGGACCUGACAUUGUGGAUGAAAUGUUGACAGGAAAAACAGCUGUUAAUUUUAGCACACGGUCAUUUUUCCAGUUUUCGCUUUUAAAACAACUGCUUCAGGAUGAAGACUUCAACAAUAUUUUGGAGUAUGUGGAAAACUAUGAGAAAUUUGUAACUGAGUGGAUUUCAGAGAGGAUUAUUGAACAUUUUUCAAAGGAUGAUGCUUUUCUCAAGUUAGAGAUGAAACAUUUGGAUAUAAUCAUCAACAAACUCAAGGAAGCUGUAAGAGCACAGAAAGAGGCAGACAUCCACCGUAGUAAUGACGUUCAAGUAAGAACAAACAUCCACAGUUUUGUGACCAAAGUCUUCAGAAGUCUUAAUAAAGAGCUGGUCAUACCAACUGACACCCUCAGUCCAACUCUGGUUUUAAACAACUCGGACCCUGCUGGGUUUGCAGAGUGCCUUAUAUCAGCAAUAGACAAAGUGCAUCAAAGCUUAAAAGAUCAGUUAUAUAGAGAAAACGAUGUAAGGGAAAAACUAACCAGACUCUCACUGAACAGACCUCAAGAGGAGCUCUUCAGCAGAGUGUUUGGCUGUGGGAAAAAGUGUCCAUUCUGCAAAGCACCGUGUGAAGCUGGAGGAAAAGAACAUACUGAACAUUUUGUCUCUAUCCAUCAUCCACAAGGCAUUGGUAACUGUAGGAGGAUUCCAGAUGGAAAACUAAUUCCUGACAUAUGCUCAUCUCUUGUUGUCAGUAAAAAAGAAUUCCGCCAUCAAGACACAGGGUAUCAGUGGCAUCCAUAUAAAGAAUACAGAGAGAUCUAUCCAGACUGGAAGAUACAGCCUGACACUAGUAUUGAGGCCACUGACUUCUGGAAGUACAUCUUUGCUAAGUACAACACAAAAUUUGCUGUAAGAUACAAUGCUGGACCAGCGGACAUACCUCGUGAUUGGUAUAACAUAUCUGUACAUCAGGCAAAUAAAAGCUUGGAAGAUACAUUCUUAGUGAGAACACACCCAAAAAAUAAUUCCUAAUGUAGGACAAUAUCAACACAAGUAGAGGUGAACUGGAGAGGUACUUAGACCAUAUUGAGCCACUGAGCAAAGAACUUGACUUGACCCUGGCUUACUCCAGGUGGAUGUACAUUUUUCUUUAGAUAACACUGAAUGUGUGACACACCAGGCUUCAGGCUUUAAUUAGCUGAGAGGUUUCUUUUCCAUUGCAUAAACACAUAACAAAUUUCAAUACACUAUGUAUUGCAAUUUUAACAUACUUUCAAAUGCAUACUAAUUGAAAACAUUUGCCAAAUUGAUGAUUCUAAAUAAGAGAAAAAAGUGAAGGAUAAUGUACAGUCAAAAGCACUGUCAGAAAGAAAAAAAUCCUUUACCUUUAGGCAGAGCCAUAUAUAGACAUUUUGAGGGGCAGUGGACCAAACCAAGAAAAGGACCCCAAGCAUUUUUAACCUCCCUAUACUCUCCUCAUUUUGUGUGUCUCUGUGUUUGUGUUCUGAAUGUGACAGAUAUUUCUGAAUUAA